GCCAAGCAAAUGUCUUCAUUACCUUUUGAGAAUCGGAAAAGUGCUUCGCUUAUCUGCUAUCUCAAAAAGGAUGUGCAAGGAAUUGUUCGUGCUCUUAAGACUGGUUUUCCAGAGCUACGGAUUAAGGAAUAUCAUGGUAAAUCAGAUCCUGAGGAAAAGGCUCACAAUUUUAGCAAUGUAGAAGAAUCAUGGAAAGACUUAGACCUAAUUGCCUAUACUAGCACUCUAAAAAUAGGAGUAUCGUGUACCAAUCCUAAGUUUGAGCGAGCAUUCUGUCUUUUUAAUAACUUCAUAGAAACAAAUGCUGGAUCGAAUCAGAUGUUAUUCCGCAUGCGAUGUAUUAAGGAUUAUAUAUGUCAUAUCGAACAAAGAUCAUCUAAUGUUCCUAUUACAGAGAAAGGAUUAUUCCAAUGGUUGUUGAAUGCUAAACGAGAAUGCCUUCCCCGAGAACUUCAGAAUAGAGGAAUUUUUCCAGAUAUAGAUUCUAUUAUCCGGAAUAAAGAUGUGCCAACUAUUCGAUUGUGGGUAGCAUAUAUGUUGGAAAAUUUUCGUUCCCGACGUUUAUUUGGUUGGAGGAUGGUCGAUUUUCUUCGAAAGGCAGGUAUGGUAGUUUCUGUCAUAGAAUUCAUUCCUAAACCUGAAGAUAUUACAAUAUUGCUAUCCCAAACAGUGAAGACGAGUUCUUCUAUUGUUAAAGCAGAGGAGAUAUCAAAUAUAUCUAAUGCUUCUAUUGUCAACCAUGAGACUGCUGAAUUAUCAGAGAAUAAGCCAAAAAAGACUUUAGAAGAGAAGCGUUCUUUAGACCAGCAUCAUAUUGUGGAUUGUUAUGAGAUAUUACCUGAAACAUUAACCAAAGAUUUUAUCUCUAAGUACAGAAAUUAUAAUCAUAUGAAAUGGUUCAGAGCUUAUAGACAAUUACGAGAUGCAG